UGUGGUGCGUCACCAAACUCAUUGAAUAACGCAACGCCUUAAAAUGUUUGCUCACAGGACACUUCUCAUUUGCAUAUAUUAUGAGCACGAGCUUCCCGCCAAAAUAUGUGUGUUAUCCGUUUUUAAAGAAAGAGGUAAUAAAAUAUGUAAAUAUGUGGGUUACCUAAACUCGACAGCAGAAUUGAAUUGUGCACCGCCUGUAAGUUUUUAUUUACAGGUUUUAGACGCCUUAUUCGAGGUUGACGUUCCACUUUGCGCUAUUUUGGCUAACACGUGAUACAUCUCAUUUGCAUAUUGUAUAGCGCGAGCUUCCCGCGCAGCUACGACGGUGCAUUUCGAAAAUAUGGAUGGGCUAAAUUCUCUAAAAGAAGCGAUAAUCAUUUAUUUAGACAGAAGUGGUGGAUUAAGUAAACUCAUCGAAGACUGUAAAGUCUUUAAAGGAGCUCGCGAGGACGAGGCCGUGUAUCGGUUCAGUUUCGAUGUAAACCCCUCUGAUGUGCUUGAACUGGACGCCACUCUGGGAGACUGUAUACUGCACGACCCUGUUAAAGCCGUUUCACUCUUUCAGUCAGUUUGUUAUCUGUCUAUAAAAACACUCUCACUUAUUGACCACAUUGAAACAGAAAACCAGGUUAAUGUUGUUUUAAAGCCAACCCACUUGCCACCUUUUCCCAACUAUUGUUUGGAUCUCUCCGAGUUUCCCCGUGGGUAUGGUCCAAUGAGACCCUUAGCUUUGGAGGGCCUUGUAAUUGCUAUGACACGUGUCACCAAAUACACACAAGGAGCCAGAUUUCUCUGCUCAGAAGAGAAAUGCCCUUGCUCUAGAGGGUUUCAUCAUAUCAGGGUUCAUGCACCAGGUGCCACAGAGUCUGCCACAGUUAGGAGCGAUUUUACCUGCUUUCUCUGCUCUUCUCCACUGAAAGAGGAUGUGAAGUCUCGGGUUUUAGGGGAUAAACAGCUAGUUGAGCUCAUUCAUGUGAAAGCAGUAGAUGUUUUGGGAGUUCAUGAUGCUGCUUCCUUAAGAUAUCAAUCUGUCACCGUUUUUCUAAGAGAUGAACUGUGCAACUCCAUGAGAAUCGGCCAUCUGUACCAAGUUGUGGGGAUUCCAGCUCAUGUGCACCAGUGGCCCAAUGUAACCUGGAGCAUAGAGGCCUGCAGCGUCCGACCAUGGACCCCCAAAUGCCCCUGUCUGGUUAGCAACAACUUCCAGAACCUUCAGACAGCCAUGGCCUGUUCCCCAUGGAGGUUUGCUGCCAUUGUAGCCAACUCAUUCGGUUCCCCGGUGAUCCCACCUGGACUCUACAACACAUUAAAACUGGGGCUACUUCUUAGUUUGGUGCAAACUAAAGAUAAUCCAGAGUCUCCCUACAACCUGGAUGUGCUUGCUCUCACCAGCGAGACUCUAAUCAUUGACAGGUUGAUGAGAUACAGCCUGCCGUUGGCCUCGCGUGGCAUUCAUCAUACACUGACAGGCGAUCUGUUGGCAUCUCUGUCUAGAGAUGAACAUGGAGCUGGUACCGCCAACAUCCAUGCAGGUUCAGCUUUGCUUGCAUCUGGAGGCAUCUGUCUGUUGGGAGAUCUCACAACCUACAAGAAAGAAAGGAUGGACAUGCUUCAGUCUGCUCUCGAAAGCAGAACUGUGUCUGUUUUCAUUCCUGCCAAGAAAUAUGGUGAUGAUAUAGACCAGCAGCUCUCCUUCCCAAUCCAGUGCAACUUUUGGGCCGUAGUUGAUUCUGCUUCCCCCUCCAAGAGGACAGCCAGAUGUGAUAAUGUGGUGCUGGGUUCUGUGGAAAUGGGCUCAGCUCCUCUUCAGCUUGCAGAGUCGUUUGGACUCAUAGUCCAGUGUCGAGAGACAAGCAGCAAUCAUUCACUCCUGUCUAUGACAGUGCAUACUCUGAGACAGGCCAUGUCCCCAGGAGAGCCCCUAUAUCCAGCAUGCAUGCAGUUUACAACACAAGAUUAUAAAGAGCUCUUGGCUCAUGCAAGGCAACUAAAGGUGGACAUGAGUCCUGAGGCUGAAAGGAUGAUCCACAGCUAUUACAUGGCCAGUCGCAGGGUUCGCUCAGACUCAACACAGAGAUCCACUGUCUCAGUCACUUCUGUUAAACUGCUGAUUGCUCUGGCCCAGGCUCAUGCUAAACUCAGUCUAAGAACACAAGUUCUUGAGGAAGAUGCAGUCAUUGCAGUUCUGCUGUGUGAAAGUUCAGUCACCCUAAAGCAUGGGGCCUCUGCGCUUGUUUUUCCACCCAAUGUGGUGUUUCCCUGUGCUCUCCGUGACCUGGACUCCUUGCACCAGAGGGACCUUGCGCUGGAAGAAUUCCGCAGACAGAUCUUGCAUUUUGUGCAAGCCUAUGCAACCUGCACAGUAGAGGAAUAAAACCAAGGUGUUACACACAGGAAAAAAAUAUUUUUAUGGCACCAUGGGUUUACAAAACAAAGAAACCCCGAACACAUACCCCAUUUGUCUCAACAUACAUUUGGUACAUCCAAAAAAACUAAAACCCACACAAAAUUAGGUAAUCAACUGUGCAGUUGCUUCAGAUAGUCACAUUGUCAGCAACCCAAUCUGGUCUGAUGGGUAAACGGCAAAAGUGAUAUUCAUCAUUGCAAAGAAGCACUAAUUUAGUCUCCAAAACACAAAUUAGCAGUUAAAGAAAAAUUUGAUGGUAGAAAAUCAAAUAUUCUAAUUUUAAACCAAUUACAAUGAAUACUUGAAAUAAUCAUUAAAAAAAAAAA